AACAUUGCAGUUCCACCAUGUUCCUUCUUCCCCAAUUAGGGUUGGCUGAUGGUGCUCAGAGGCCUGCCCACGACUUUCACAAGGGCCUGAAUGUUCUCUUUGUGGUUGUGGAUGACUUGCGCCCAGCCCUGGGUUCUUAUGGGGACUCCCUUGUGAGAUCACCGAACAUUGAUCAGCUGGCCUCCAAAAGUGUGGUGUUCCAGAAUGCUUUUGCCCAGCAAGCUGUCUGUGCCCCAAGCAGAGUGUCCUUUCUCACAGGGCGCAGACCUGAUUCCACAAGGCUGUAUGACUUUAAUUCGUACUGGCGAAUGCACGCAGGAAAUUAUACCACGUUGCCCCAGUACUUCAAGGAGAAUGGAUAUAUCACCAUGUCUGUGGGGAAGAUCUUUCACCCAGGCAUCCCCUCAAACCACAGUGAUGAUUAUCCAUACAGUUGGUCUAUCCCGGCUUUUCAUCCCUCUUCUGAAAAAUAUGAAAACACACAGGUUUGUAAAGGGAAAGAUGGAAAACUUCAUGCCAACUUGAUCUGUCCUGUGGAUGUUGCCAAGAUGCCUGAGGCUACUUUGCCAGAUAUCCAAAGCACAGAGGAAGCCAUCCGUUUGUUGAAGACCGUGAAAAGAAUCAAGAAGAAGUUCUUUCUGGCUGUUGGUUAUCAUAAACCUCACAUCCCAUUCAGGUACCCUCAGAAAUUUCUCAAAUUAUAUCCAUUGGAAAACAUCACCUUGGCCCCCGAUCCAGCAGUUCCUAAAGAACUCCCUUCAGUUGCCUACAAUCCCUGGAUGGACCUGCGGAGGAGAGAGGAUGUUGCAGCCCUGAACCUCAGUUUCCCAUAUGGGCCAGUUCCAGAACACUUCCAGCGGAAGAUUCGCCAGAGCUAUUUUGCCUCCAUCUCCUACGUUGAUACGCUGGUUGGAAAGUUGCUGAAUGCCCUGGAUGAGGCAGGACUCUCUCACAACACGCUGGUUGUUUUCACUGCGGAUCAUGGCUGGUCACUGGGCGAACAUGGCGAAUGGGCAAAAUACAGCAACUUUGAGGUAGCCACGCGAGUGCCACUGAUGUUCUUUGUGCCAGGAAUGACAGCUCCGAUCUCUGAUCCAGGACAGAAAGUUUUUCCGUUCAUUGACCCCUUCACUCAAAAUUCAAGGUCUGGGCCUCAAGGAAAACCCAAAGAAAUGGUUGAGUUGGUGUCCCUCUUCCCAACGCUUGCAGAACUAACUGGACUGAAAAUUCCUCCUACAUGUCCUCAGCCUUCAUUUCACAUCCCUCUGUGUAGUGAAGGGAAAAGCAUGGUUCAGUAUUUCCCAUCCUCCAGUGGAGGGCAGGAGAACCACGGCACUGAACAAAAAGACUCAGAAACCCCGGUUGCCUUCAGCCAGUAUCCACGUCCUGGAGACAUCCCCGCACAGAAUUCUGACUUGCCAUCGCUUCAAGAUAUACGAGUCAUGGGCUAUUCCAUUCGUACGCCUGAUUACAGGUGUACUGUCUGGUUUGGGUUUAAUCCCAACAACUUCACAGUCAACGUGAAGGACAUCCAUGGUGGAGAGCUGUAUUUUGAAAAAAGUGACCCCCACGAAGAUCAUAACCGGUACAAAGAUGUCGUGCAUGGGUUCUUUACCCCAAAGCUUUGCAACAUCAUUGAUUAUUUAAAAUUGGGGUCUACCUCAAUUCAGUGAACCUCUGCUAUGGAGUUGAAUGACACAUGACUUUUGAAUACAUUGUGCUUUGUUUUAUACACAAAGAGGCCUCCCAGGAUAAUCAUUUUUGUACCAAAAGGUUUUAAAUGCUGAUAUAAUAAUACAUUUAAAUAUAUGUAUGUUCAUGAAAAGAAAUCUCCCCCGUCAUGUCUGUCAAAUAUUUCUGGAGAAAAUAAUGAUAAUAAUAAUAGGAAGUGGAAAAGAAAGCAGUUAUAUUAUUAAGUGGCUAAAAAUGUACGCACUUUGUCAUAGAGCAAUAUUUUUCAAACUUGGCAACUUUAAGGCUGUUCUUACGUCCUUCCUUCCAAAUAGUUUUGACCAGCUAGCUUUCCUGGAAGCAGUUUUCUUGCCACCCUGAAACUGCACUGUUCGUACUCUGAAAACAGAAUGGAAAAAUGAGGUUCUCCACCAGAGGACAGCAGCCGUGCAGACAAAUCUUUCUAUGAUAUGGUUCAUCAACAGUCGAUCCCCAAGAACAAAUCUAUUUAAGACAGUUUUCUGGUUGCCUGAAAGAACUAAAAUGGAAGAGAGCUUUCAGGCCAUUUUACUGCUAAUGUCUGAUUUAUUUAAUGGUAGGAAAGAGGUGAGAGUAAUCAACAGAAUCUUGAUGUUCGGUUAAAUUCCAUUUUGUGAUUUAUUUAACGGGCUGAUUGAAAGUAGGUAAGCUUUAGGAAUCUGUUUCCCAAUGUAAGCCAAAAUAGCCAUGGAGGGACCAUGAAGUUCAGCUGGUGAUAUAAAGAUUGAUUUGCUGGAA